GCCACCACCACCAUCAUGCGGCGAAGACCACGUCAGCGGGAAGCUUCAUCGCAUUUGCUCCCGCCCCAACUCCGCCCGCCUACCGCGCCCCGCGUCGAAGGGGAAAGGAGGCGCCCGCGCCCCCAAGUCGAAACCCUAGAUCCCAGUUGGUUGUUGUGGCAUAACUUAGCUUUGUUGAUUAUCCUAAUCACUGAGAAUACUUAAAGGGAGCUUGAUGCAUGUGAAUACCAGGCCUGGAGGAUAGAUCUAAUCCUGCUAGCAGCUAAAAUUAUAAGAAAAUGAUGAUGGGAAAAGAGGACAGAUAUGUGAGGUUUCAGGACUGGAGAUCAGAGCAAUCUGUUAGCUCAGAGAACAUAGUUGUUCCAUGUAGAAAAACAAAGUCUGCAACAGGAACUCUUCAUCCCCAAGGGCCGUUUCUGCAAAAAUGGAACAGGAUAUUUGUGAUAUCAUGUAUACUUGCAGUUUCAGUGGACCCAUUGUUCUUGUAUAUCCCAAUUAUCAAUGAUGAAAAACCUUGCUGGUACUUGGAUAGAAAGUUGGAAAAGGCAGCAAGUGUCCUGCGUUUUUUCACAGAUAUUUUCUACAUACUCCAUAUCAUAUUUCAGUUCCGAACAGGCUUUAUUGCGUCAUCUCCUACGACUUUUGGGCGGGGUGUCUUAAUCAAAGAUAGAUAUGCAAUAAUGAAGCGAUACAUAUCAACAUACUUUUUUAUUGAUGUCUUCGCUAUUCUACCCAUCCCGCAGGUAAUUAUUUUGGUUGUGCUACCUAAACUUCCAGACGCAGAGGUUAUGAAAGCCAAAAAUGUCUUGAUGAUUAUAAUUAUAUGCCAAUAUGUGCCUCGACUAAUCCGAAUAAGACCGCUAUAUCAACAAAUCACAAGAUCUGCUGGGGUUAUUACAGAGACAGCACGGGCUGGUGCUGCUUUCAAUCUUUUACUUUACAUGCUUGCCAGUCAUGUCCUUGGAGCAAUUUGGUACUUGCUUUCUAUUCAACGCCAAGAAUCCUGCUGGAGACAGGAGUGUAGAAAUAAUGCAACAUGUGAUGCUAAAUAUAUAUACUGUGGGGCUGUCAAUAAUAAUGAGAAAAAUGCUUUUUUAAAGACUGUUUGCUCAUUAAGUCCACCAAACAGUCUUCCAGAUCCAUUCUUCGGGAUUUAUGCACCAGCUAUAGAAAAUAUAACACAAUCAAGAAGUUUCUUUGUAAAAUUGUUCUUCUGUGUUUGGUGGGGCCUGCAAAAUCUUAGUUCUCUUGGCCAAAACCUGAAAACAAGCACUUAUGCAUGGGAGAAUAUAUUUGCUGUUUUUGUCUCAAUAUCAGGUUUAGUUUUGUUUGCACUGCUUAUUGGUAAUAUGCAGACCUAUUUGCAAUCAGCCUCUCUGAGAAUAGAAGAAAUGAGAGUGAAAAGCCGUGACACGGAUCAGUGGAUGUCAUAUCGACAUCUUCCUGAGAACCUCAAGGAAAGAAUACGGCGUUAUGAACAGUACAGAUGGCAAGAAACAAGCGGUGUUGAUGAAGAGCAACUCCUUGUGAAUCUCCCCAAAGAUCUUAGGAGGGAUAUAAAACGACAUCUUUGUUUAUCACUUCUCAUGAGGGUUCCAAUGUUUGAAAAUAUGGACGAUCAGCUCUUGGAUGCCAUGUGUGAUUGCCUAAAGCCCAUUCUAUACACAGAAGGUAGCUGCAUCAUUCGUGAAGGGGAUCCGGUUACUGAAAUGCUCUUCAUCAUGCGAGGAAAUCUAAUGAGCAUGACGACAAAUGGUGGAAGAACUGGCUUCUUUAACUCCGAUGUUCUAGAAGGUGGGGAUUUCUGCGGUGAGGAGCUCCUCACCUGGGCUCUUGAUCCCACAUCAACAUCAAGCCUCCCCAGCUCAACAAGGACAGUGAAGACAAUGUCUGAAGUCGAAGCUUUUGCUUUGAGGGCUGAAGACUUGAGGUUUGUGGCCAUCCAAUUCCGACGACUCCACAGCAAGCAGCUCCAGCACACUUUCAGGUUCUACUCGCAGCAGUGGAGAACCUGGGCUGCCUGUUUCAUCCAAGCAGCCUGGCACCGGUACUGCAGGAAGAAGAUUGAAGACUCUUUGCGCGAGAAGGAGAAGAGGUUGAAGUUUGCGAUUGCGACUGAAGGGUCCACCUCUCUCAGCUUCAUGGCAGCACUGUAUGCUUCGCGUUUCGCUGGAAAUAUGGUACGGAUCUUGAGGAGGAACGCCACACGCAAGGCCCGGCUGCAGGAACGAGUGCCUGCGAGAAUGCUGCAGAAGCCAGCAGAGCCCAACUUCUCCGCGGAAGAGCAGUAGCUUCGCUCUUGUGCCUAACCUUUGCCAGACAUGGAUGCUAAGCCAAAAAAGGAAAUAAAAGAGAGAGAGAGAGAGAGAGCACCAUGAUAGCGUGACUACUUGAUGACGUAGAUGGCUGCUUGUUUCAGAUCUUUCGAGUAGCGUUGUACUCCUCCGUUGUUUUAGCUUUUCUAAUACAUAUUUAUAUUUAGAUGCAUAAUAAUAUAUACGAGAUUCGGAGGAGUUAUACGCCUUACCUCGGUCUUAUGUGCUUGUGUAACGUAGGUGUGAUUAGCAAUGUAGUGAUGUGCCUCAAAGUAUAUAUGUAUAGUUGGCGAUCGUGUUUUCUCAUUGUAGACGGGACUGGUAGGUGGUAUCUAAAACUUUACAUCGCCAGCCCCUCGUAUAUAUUGCAAUUUACUUAGUUGGCGCGCGUGCGCUGCUAGC